UAAUUCAUUAGUAUUUGCUCGAAUUCCUCGUAUUCGUCAUAUAUCAUAUCAUCUUCUUUGUAAACAUAUAACAUUAUCAAAUAGAUCAACAAAUGUUAGAUUUGCUGGAGAAUUUUGGAUUGAUCAAGAUUAUUAA